AUGGACGAUGCCAGAAGGAAAGUGAUUAUUAUGGUUUACGGAGAAUUAUAUAGAGCCUUAGCUGUAUAUGUAUCAGAAAUUUGGCCAAAUUCCGUGAUCCUAUCAGUCACGGGUCAGAUAGGAAAAAAGACGAUUUGUCCUUCUGGAGCUGCUCUUUCAGAUUUCGCUAAAAAUCAUAGACAUUGGACAACCAUCAAUAAAAACGGUCUUCCAAUAAUAGUUGAAGAUUUCAUGAAAAUUAUGUGUGGAGAAUUGAAUGAUAACGAGUAUGACGGAAUUUGGAUAACCUUUGUUCGUGACGCGAUUGCCUAUCGGAUGACUUUUGAAGAGAAGGGUAAUGGGUCAGACUAA